CUAACUACAGCGCCACAAUCCACGUGCUUUUGUGACGGAUCCGACGGAUUAUUUUGAUUUUCCUUCGCAAGAGAAUUUUCACAAAAUCUCCAGGAUGUCCUUGCGAGAUUUGUUCCAAGAAAUCAAAACUGAACAGAGUCAGGAAGUUUUUCUGCCCAAAACAAACAGUAUCAUCGUGAAGAAUAUCACCGAAGGUAAUCUCGAUCUCCAUGGAGUCUUUCCCAGUGCAGUGGAUUUUGUUCUGCAGGCUAAACCCUCUGGGAUAACAGCUGUUGUUACAUUCAGAACCCCCGAGGAGGCAUCAGAUGUUGCCAAGACAAGAGUAAAAAUUGGUGAUCAGGAAAUACUCCCAACAUUGCUACUAGAGGCUAGCAGUGCUCAGGGGAAAAGGAAGAAGCCCCAAAAGGCCACAAAGGGGUCAAAGAAAAUCUCGAAAGGGAAGAAAAUCCCAAGAAAAGAGCCAGAAGUGUUUGAAAAAGUUGGCAAAGAUGAUGAUUACGGGAAGAAACUUCAUCUGUGGAAGCUCGUAAAGAAUGUCAAGAUGAAGGUGCUGAAGAAUUGGGAUGAAAUUAAGCAAGAUGCAAAACUGGAAGUGAAUCCUAACAGGAAGAAUCUGCUGAACAAGGAAAUUUUCUUCAUGCGAUGCCUACUGAAACUCCUCGAGACUCACAAAUGGUGUGAAGUUCACAAUCCCGAGUACAGACAGCAAUACCCCCAUCUCAGUGCAGCGCAGAAGGAUCCACUGUUGCAGCGAUUGAGGGAUGAACUAUGUACCUGUGUGCAGGAGCAAAUUGCAGUCAUCCGGAAGGUGAAGAUACGCGAAGGGGAUAGAAAAACCGAAGCAAGGUUCGGGAAAGAAAUUACCUUCAUGAUAGAAUUCCAGCGACAGCUCACGUCCAAAAUUGCCUUCCGGAAGAAGGUCAAGAAGGGCAAAAAGGCGGGAAAACAGCAAAAAUAGUUCAACGAUUUAUUUUUUUUCUCUCUUUCUUUUUAUUAAUGUUAUUCACAAAACACGCCGGCGAAAUACAAAAAAAAAGAAUAAUUCACUUGAAAACAAAAAUUAAUGUCGCGGUUAAAUUUGAAAGAAGAAGAGGAAGAGACCAAAUAACCGGGUGGAAGGGGGGAGGGGGUAGUUUAGGUGAGUGUUCGGGUGACAAAAUCAAAUUGAUGAAGUCGCCGGAUGCGUAUUCUCUCAUCCUGGAUCAUCUUAACGCGCUUCAUGGAGGACUCACUGCGACAAAUGGCGCAAAAUUGGGACGAUACUACGUGCAGGGGGCUGCGGAAGUAGAUGCAGGGAUUCGUAUUGCGUGAAUUACGACGAUGUGCCCAGAUGUGCAGGAGUGUCUCGAGGAAGAUGAUGAAGAUCGCGGUGAGCUUGAAGAAGAAGAAAAGCGACGGAAUGAGGAACAUCCGAUGGGAUGUCUUGUUGUAGCCCAAAAUAAUCUCCUCCUUGAGGUUCAUCACGCGCUCCUUGUUUGUCAGGGUAUACACAUCAUUGGACGUGCACCUUGGCCGAUUGGGGUCCUCGUCGUACUGCUGCAGACACGCCCGGGGGAUGUUGAAUUUUGUCUUGCGAAAUGCAAAUGCAUUCAGCUCACCGGUCUCUUGGUCAAACAAAUCCGGCGUCUGUGGCACGAUGUGCGUCUCAAUCUCACCAGUCUCCAGAUCUUUGCUCGUGGUAGUGAUGAAUCUCUGUGUGUGAAGAGACAGCAAACCCCCAUCAUUCAUUAUUUGCACACAUCUUCAGCGGAGAAGCGGUAAGUGCGUCAAAAAAAGAUUUAUUUAGUCGCUGUUUUUUUGCUCAUUUUUCUGUGCUCAACACACGUAGCUCUCUUCAAAGAUUUUCCUCACAAAAAAAAAACAAAAAGAAAA